CGAAUAAAACCCUAAAUCUCACUGCUGAACUAUAACAAUGUCAGCGAUACCUUUUGAUAAUGCGAGUGACAUUCUAAAGCACUUACCUGUUAAGUCUCUUCUUCGCUUCAGGUGCUUAUCGAAAGCGUAUUGUUCUUUAAUCGACAGCCGCGAUUUCACAAACCUUCAUCUCUCUCAAUCUAAAAGUACAAACACCAAUCGUUUCCUCUUCAUUGCUCAAACAGAUUUACAACAGGUUAACAAUAAAACCUAUAUAAUGAAUUUAGAUUCUCCAGAUUACCAACAUGUGGAAUUCGACCACCCUUUCUCUGUGUCUUCUGAGAGUUCUUUGGGGGAUAAAACUGAUUCUUAUCAUCUCGAUCACUUGAAAAAUGUUGUUAUAUUUGGUUCUUGCAACGGCUUAAUCGCAUUGUACCAUCCCGUUCAAGGCAUGUUAUUGUGGAAUCCAUCCACCAAAAAGCAACAAAAGCUGCCUAAUUUUUGGGGUCCGGAUCACAAAAUUCAUAGCUCUGAUCAUCUGCUCGACGGAUUCGGCUAUGAUCCCGUCAGCGACGAUUACAAGUUGAUCAGGAUCCGGACAGCCAACGACGAGAGGGAAAAAAGAUCCAGAGCUAUGGUUUAUAGUGUAAAACAUAAUUGCUCUCGAAGGAUGGAAGACUUUCCUUAUGAUGUUCAUCAGAGCAGAAAUUGGGGUACUCUUGUUGGUUCAUGUUUGCACUGGAUUGUUUAUGAGCCAGAUGAUUAUGUUUAUGAUCAUGAUAAGCUGAUCGUUGCGUUCAAUCUGGAAGACGAAAGAUUUGGCAGAGUGCCGAUUCCUGAUGUAUUAAAGAGCGAGGAUCAUUGCCUUAUAGAAUUAGGGGAAGUAGGAGGAUGCCUGAGUAUGUGCACGGAUGUCAAUGAUGAUAUGUCAGUUGAGAUUUGGGUGAUGAAGGAAUAUGGAAUAAGAGAAUCAUGGAUUAAAAUAUUCUCAGAAUUUAGAGGGAAAGUAGGCAUGUCAUUUUAUUGGCUCCCAUCACAUGUCAAGCCAAUCGGGUAUUCGAAAAAAGGCGAUCGACUCUUAUUCGACGUUCAUAGCUGUUUAUUAGUGGGCUAUGACCUGCGAGAAGAGGAGGAGAACCAAACAUCUGAAUGUCAGCCCCGCAAACGCAUUCACAGAAUUGGGAAUUUAGGAGAUGAUGGUGAAAUCAAAUGGAAUUAUGCACUUAAAUGUGUAACGAGCCUUGUUCCGCUCAAUUUUAAUGCUAAUUAAUUUUAUUUUUAUUUAGUUAAUGAGAAGAUAUUAUUUUGUUAUAAUACUUUGAUAAAUAAAGGUAUAUAUUGCACUUA